AUGGCUGACUGCAUCACCUCCAACAUCCCCUCCGCGGAUCCUUCCUGGCAUACCGAUAAACACCACCCGUAUUACAAGGACAGCCACCGCAGACUUCAACGGUUUAUUAGGGAGUAUAUAGAUGCAGAAGUAGCGCCGAAUGUUGAAGAGUGGGAAAGGCAGGGGUUUGUGCCUGAGAAGAAUUUCAAGCGACAUGCUUCAUUAGGUUUCCUAGCCGCUGCGGUAUUUCCACUGCCAAAGGAAUAUUUGACGGGCGUGCAACUACCUGGAAAUGUAGACGCGGAGGAAUGGGAUGAGUUCCAUGAUGCGAUUCUCAUUGACGAAAUGGCUCGCUGUGGGUGCCUCGGUACUGUCUGGGGCAUAAAUGGUGGAGCAACCGUUGGAGGCGCACCUCUUGCAAUCUAUGCAUCGCCCGAGCAGAAGGAGAAGUAUCUUGCGCCUCUUUUGAGAGGCAAUCAGAGGCAUUGUCUUAUGAUUACGGAACCAGAUGCUGGCUCUGAUGUCGCGGGCCUAACUACCACGGCCACCAAAUCUGCAGAUGGAACGCACUACCUCAUCAGCGGCCAGAAGAAAUGGGUAACGCAAGGCCAAUGGGCGAGCCACGGCCUCGUUGCAGCCCGAACCGGGAACAAGGGCGCGAAAGGAAUCUCAGUCUUCAUAAUCCCCCUGAACUCUCCAGGCGUCACGAGAAAGAAGAUGGAGAACUCCGGGGUCAGUUCGAGCGGCUCCGCCUUCAUCGAUCUCGACGAGGUAAAAGUCCCCGCGGCGAACCUCAUCGGCCCCGAAAACAAGGGCUUUGAGAUCGUCAUGUCAACAUUCACCCACGAGCGCCUCUGGGUCGGCAUCACCGCGCUGCGCCUCGGCCGCAUCGCCCUCGAGGACGCCUACAAGCACGCCCUGCGCCGCGAGACCUUCGGCGCGCCACUCUUCGCCAACCAGGUCAUCCGCCAGAAGAUCGCGAAGAUCACCGGCUUGCUCGAGCCCACGCACUUCUUUAUGGAGAAUCUUGUUUAUCGCUCCGUGCGCACCUCGCCGCUCGAGUUCGCGCCGCUCGCUGCGCUGCUGAAGGUGCAGGCGGCACAUAAUCUGGAGAAGAUUAGUCGCGAGGCGCAGCAGAUUUUUGGCGGGCUGGGGUAUUCGAGGGGUGGGGCGGGAGGACGGGUCGAGCAGAUAAGUAGGGAUGUGAGGGUGUUGGUUGUUAGUGGGGGGAGUGAGGAGAUUUUGAUGGAUAUGGUUGCGAAGAGUCAGAAGAGGUUGGCGAAGUUGUAGGGGAAGGAGAUGGAGAAUGAUGGUUUUGUUUACUAGUGUUGCUAUUGGUUAGGGUGCUUUGGUGCAUUGUUGUAGACGUGUUAAG